CGGACGCCGUAGCCACCCUCGCACACAGUUCUUCUCUUCCUUCGGACGCCGCAGCCGUGCCUGCGCCCGCAUACACAAGUUCCCUCUCUUCCUUCAUUCUUCCUCCCAUUUCUUUCCUUUCUCCUCAUUUCCUCCUUUUUUUCUUCUUCUUCUUCUGCUGCGCGCCUGCCUGCCCUGCCAUGCUCCCGAUGGAACGUGAGUCGAUAUCUAUGUGGGAGUUAAGCUUUGUUGUAUCUUCUAACCAUGAGACAUUGGAUUUUAAGUUUUUGUUGAAACCAAAGUGUAGUAAUGUCCCUUGCGUUGUGGAGGAGGGUCUGAACCGGCAACUUACCGGGGGUGCCUUAAGGGGGGACAGGGGGAUGGCUGUAUUUAAUUUGAGUGGUGACGAGAUUCUUGAGUACAAAAUAUGGAUUAAAGCGGAUAGGGUUUCGCCAUUUGAUCUUGCUGCAAGUUGGAGAGCACAUCAGGAGAAUUUUCAGCCUUCCUCUGUUCGUGGAAUACCAGAUAUCAGUAUAAAUUCUGCUGCUGAAAGUAAUGUGGUUGGAUUGUCUGGUCGUGGCAAAACUUUUACUGCUGCCAAACUUACUCGAUAUCUUCGUUGGUUAGGUCACAAGACUAAACACUUUAAUGUUGGAAAGUAUCGAAGGCUUAAGCAUGGAGUUAAUCAGAUGAACAACAUUAGUGGGUACAUUCCUGGGCGGAUAGUAUUCUUCCUGGGAAUGAAUAAGGUUGGAACCUAUAAAUGGGUCCAUUCUAAAGAACACAAUUGCGUAACAUUCAUUAAUGGGAAAGCAACUAAAGUAGCUGACGAGGUGGAUGCUGUUGAAGCACACCUGACUCAACAAGGAAAUACGUCAUAUGAUCCGGAUAAUGUGUUCCUCACCGCAGUACCCCGUGACAAGAAAAAUCGCAUUUAUGGGUUGGGGUCAUUAGGUGCGACUGUUCCUCCUCGACCAUCAUCCUUCUGCAGCGAUGGUCGUACUCCGGGCACAUUUAUUCUUAAGGAACGAUUGACAAAGAUGGAGUGUGAGUUGGGUGAGUUGAGGACAGAUCUUGCCGAGGGACGUAGUCAAUGGGAAGUGAUGCAACGUGUCACAAAUAUGGAGAACCAACAACGAGUCAUCUACGAUUUGAACUUGACCAUUAUGGAGCAAUUACGACGUAUGGGAGCACUAUCCAUUCAUAGGUCCGAACCCAAUUCAGAUGGUGGUAGUGCUCCGAUAUCAUGAUAUUUUAUCAUUACAAGUGUUUUAGUUACGACCUUAGUUGUUUUGGUAUGAUAUUAUGGUAACUUGAAUUAGAUUUAUACAUUUUUCUGAUAUGUGCUACCUGUGGUACUCAUACUAAAUACAUUGUGUUU